ACGCUCCAGUUUGGACUAGGCCUCGUGUGUCGAGCUCACAGAUGAGUCAGUCGGUUCAGGUUUAAAUGAACGCUAGUUAGAUCACGUUAUCGAGUUAGCUAGACGGGCAGGAGAAGAGACGAAGGCACUACGGCUUAGCUAAGGUAACUUGCUAUAAUAUUUUAAUUAUCGCUUGAGUUAUGAGGCAUGAAGAGAUAACAGCACGGCUUAGUUGACCGCGUGCGACGCUCUCAUUUCUCUGGAAAGUUUUUUCCGCCGUUUUCUGAAGAGGCUGGAUGGAAAUUAAUGCCUGACAGAUUCAGCAUAGCACUAACACCGUGAUAAUUUAACCUAGCUGUCUAACUAUUAACGUGUACUGGUAGCUAGACGACAUUUCCCGCCUUAAGUUCUUAGUACAGCUGUCUGUUUACACUAGACUUAGUUUAGUUUAGUUAGUUUACCAGACUGUUACACAGGUGCAGGAUGGCCAUGAUGAGAAAUGUGACCCAUCAUCAGGCUAGUCAGCUCCUCCACAACAAGUUUGUUGUCGUACUUGGAGAUUCAAUCCAGCGUUCUGUGUACAAAGACCUGGUGUUACUAUUGCAGAGAGAUUCCCAUCUCUCAUUAUCCCAGCUAAAAAGCAAGGGUGAGCUGUCCUUUGAACAGGACUGUUUAGUGGAAGGAGGGAGACUGGGUCACAUGAACAAUGGCACAGAGUACAGAGAAGUACGUCAGUACCGCUCAGAUCAUCACCUGGUUCGGUUCUACUUUGUCACACGGGUCUUCUCCAGGUACAUGGAGAGCAUCUUUGCAGACUUCAAGAACGAUCAGAAACCAGAUGUGGUCAUAGUCAACUCCUGUGUUUGGGAUGUGUCCAGAUACAACCGUAGGUGGGUCUCUGAGUACAAGGAGAACCUGCACAAGUUCUUUUCACAACUGAAAGCCGUUCUGCCAGAACAAUGCCUUAUAGUGUGGAACAUGACCAUGCCCUUGGGCGAGAGGAUCAUUGGAGGCUUUCUUGUGCCAGAGAUUGAGGACAUGGGCCCGACACUGCGUUUUGAUGUGAUCGAGGCAAACUUUUACAGUGCCAUGCUGGCAAAUGCAUAUGGGCUGGACGUUCUAGACUUGCACUUCAUGUUCCGGUUUAGCCUCCAUUGCCGCAUGAAAGAUGGGGUUCACUGGAAUGCUGUGGCUCAUCGUCAGAUCACAUGCUUGCUGCUAGCCCAUGCUGCUCAGGCCUGGGGGGUGGAGCUGCCCAGCCACACUGCCACAGACCAAAGUAAGAUGUGGUUGCUGGAUUAUACCCAAACUUCCUAUCAAAGUGCCUACAGACCAUCAUAUUCCUAUGGUGGUUCUGGUUAUUUCAGAGGCCCAUGUGAUGGCAGGGUGUAUAGCAACUUUUACAUGGAACCCAGUGCCCUUAGUCAAACAGGGGCUGUCUGGCCCCAGAAACAGCAGUAUGAUGGCUAUGGCCCUCAUUUCUGUGAAGAUGGACUAGAAACACUCACUCAGUUUGGAGUCGGUUACUGUAGCUUUGAGAACCUUGAGAAAAACAGCACAGCUCAGACCACUGGCCACAGCAGCCUGCCACCAUCUGAUUACAGACCUGUGUCUGCUGCCCCCUCCUGCCCAGCGAACAGUUAUGUGAUGAAACAGAAGCACGAAAAGCGGAAUUACAACCCAUACACUCGUCAGAGACCAAGCCGUUCUCACAGAUAAAAACAAAAAACUGAGAUAUGUUUUCUGUAAGACAUGGUGGGUUUGAUGUCGUUCCAAAAACCUUCAGGUUUUUACUACUUGUACAUAGUGUUAGGAUGUUAAGAUAUUGGUCUGUUGUUUAAGUAAGUUGUCAAAGACUGUACAGACGUUUGUUGUUGUUUUUUCUAAUGUUGUACCACUUAUGGUAUUCUCAAAAAUGUGCCUUUAUUUGUAUUUUAAGACAAAUGCCCCUGUUGUUCCCCUAUUGUCCUUGUUAGAAGUGAAGUUCUUAAUCAUUCCAGGAUUUUAUUGGUGUUAUUUUAUGUGAACACCAUAGUUCAUUAAUAUUGUCUACAAUUCCUUGAUGUUCUGUUUAUUUUAUUUUAGAUACCAUAUCUAACCCAGCCAGCGUUCUUCCUUUGGUAAAAACAAUAUUGGCUUUUUUGAAGCCUGCUACAAUAUUGUUUUGGGUUAGUUUGGUUUUGGUUUCAGGCCUUUUGUUGCCCUUUUUCAUUUUCUUUUAACUGUAGCACUUUUGCAAGUUACAAUAAAGAUCUUAUUUGUGUA